CUUUGACUAAUCGAAGCUGGUAUCAACAAGGCACAUGCGAGGGAAUGCAGCUCGGGACUAACGUACUUUAAAAAGAUUUUGAAAAGAUUAACAGUCUUUUAAAUAAUGCAUGAAUGGAGGAUUUUCAUGAAAGGACUACAUUUUUUAGAGUUCAAAGUUGUGAUCUCAGUCUGUUUUCAGAUUUUGGGAGAGAGUGCUGCCAGCAAAGACGGGGUGGGUGCAACUGCCACUUCAGAUCCUGAUGGAGAUGGAGACAUCUCUACAAUGGACCCUGAGCCAGAACUGGUCCAUCGUGGAUCACAGUGCAACAUAAGAUGUUUACAUCGUUCAUUAGGUGUUCAGGUAAAGCCUCAGAUGGUGGAUGUGGGGACUCAAACCGAAAGGUUUGAGCAUCGCAGAUCAACUCCACUGGCCAGUCCUGAACAAAUUGAUGAUGAAUGGUCAUUUUCUGAUAUUGUCAACCAUUCUGGUGAUAUGUCAUGGAGUCCAGGGGAGGAGAUGUUGAGAGAGUCCUCUGAGGAGGAACCAGAAGAGCUGGAAUCUCUCAGUGACCCAAAUGCUGUUGACAAGUUCAUUGUUUGCCAGAGGCAGUUGCUGUCCUUGUUCACAGUUUGCCCUGCAUGCUGUGGGGAAACCCAGGGACACAUAAUGCACCCGGAAGGAAACUUUCAUAAAAGUCAAGCAGGCCUGCGGAACUUGUGGCUAUGAGCGUUACUGGCAAAACCAAGAGAAGGUGCAUCGAAACAUGCCUGCCUGCAACCUUUUACUCAGCGGUGCCAUCCACUUCUCAGGUUGCAUGGCUACUCAGACAAUCAGGAUGCUGAAGCUGUUUGGACUGCAGUGCAUAAGUCCCGGCACUUUUUUCCGCCAUCAGCGCUAUUACACUAUCCCUACCAUCGUGCAGGCCUGGAGGAAUGAGCAGAGUGGGAUCAUCAGGGAGUUGAAG